GAGCUCCGAGCCCGCUCCGCCGGGCCAUGGCGAGCGGCGACGCCGCGCCCGCGGGCUCGGGCUCCGGCUCGGGCUCGGGCACGGUGCUGCCCAGCCGCCUCCAGGAGACCGAGAAGCUGCUGGCGGCCACCGAGGGCCGGGAGGGCCUCCGGGGCUCCAAGUCGUUCACGGCCGCUCUGGCCGGCGAGGCGGAGCGCAACGGGCACGGGCUCUCCUACAAGUCGGUGUCGGUCGGGCACCUGGAGGCGGCCCCGCUGUCGCCGUCCCGGCUCAGCCUGGGCAGAGCCUCCUCCACCGCCACCAGCACGGCGGCUCCCGACCAGGGCCGCCCGCGGGACUACCUGGUGCUCGCCAUCUUCUCCUGCUUCUGCCCCGUUUGGCCCAUCAACGUGGUGGCCCUCGUCUUCUCCAUCAUGUCGCGGAACAGUGGGCAGCAGGGGGACAUGGAUGGAGCCCGGCGCCUGGGCCGCAUGGCCCGCCUGCUCAGCAUCGUCUCCAUCGUGCUGGGGACCAUCAUCAUCGUGCUCUACGUCUCGCUCAGCGUCCGAGUUUCCUAGAAGACGUAGCAUGCAGCUGCCUCGAAGAGGAGGAAGACAGCGCUCCUUUUGGGGUUUUUUACUUUCAGCCUUGCAACAAAAACUUGUGACAGCGGAGCCCGUCUGGAGGAAUGUGCGUGGCUGCUCCAC